AAACGUAAUUCGAUACUAUUGAAAUCAAUUUCUUGAAAAUCUGUUUCAACUUUCAGCAUUAAUACCGUAAUAUACUCUAUUGAUAUUUAAUGGCAUUUGUCUAUUAGUCUUUGGCCGAUUUCAGAUGUGUAGGCAAGAACGUUAGAACACAACACCAAGUAACGGUUUUGCCGAUUUUGUUCAUUUGUGUGAGUACAGUCUAAUACGUGGCUAUAUAUUUACCACAUCAGCACAACAUAACUUUUCACCAGAAAACAAAAGCUUAUGAAAUGACAUCGAUAAUUCAGGUAAUAACGUUAUUGUGUUUCUUUUUAAUACCACUGUUUUUACCGCAAGCGAUUGGUGACGACCAAUUAAGUCAAAUACCGGAUUUGGACACUCUAAAGGAUGUGUACAUAUGGAAAAACAAGGGGAUCACGUCGAUCGGUAAAAUGUAUGGGUCACAAAUCAUAAACAAGAAAGUUAAAAGCGAAGACUUUAAAGUCAUAACCGACAUGUCGUUGACUGCGUUGAGUUGUUUGUAUUCGGAGAAUAUAAUUUAUUUGCUACAAACGAUAAAUUCAAAAAUUGUAAAAUGCGAUAAAUCCGAUAAAAAUGCUUCAAGAUUAGUACAAUGUUUCCAAAAUAUAAUACUACAAUUAAAAUCGUUAGGAACAAGCGUCGUUAUCAGAAUGUUGACAACGUUAUUUAAUUAUAAGAAAAAAUUCAGUUCACCUGCUAACAAACAUUUAUUGAACGCCAUAACGGCAGUUCAUUUGUUUAUAAACAAUAUAGAAAUUGACACUCUUUCCACCGAUCCGAAAAAAAUCGACGAACAAUUCGUCAGCGAAUUUCUCACUGUGAAUUUGUAUACGCGAAAUACCAUUGAAGCUUUUGCGGUUUUCAAUUGUUCAUUCGAAAAGAACCUAAUCAAAACUAGCAAUGAAGAAUAUGACGCCAAAACGGUAGAAAAAUUGUACUUACCCGAAACAUAUUUCAAACGAGAAAUGUUCGAUUCGAAAAAUUUACUACUGACCAAUGUCGUAUUCGCUCAGUUAGACUCAAAAAUCAAAAAAGAUUUCACGUUAGGUUUAAUGUAUGUAAGAAAUAAUAUACGAAACGAUACAAUCGGAGAGAUUCACUAUAGUUUGAUGCACAUUAGCUGUCCCGAAAUAGUAACGAAAUUUCAGACAAUAGUGUUUCAAAGUAUAAGUUCUUUGAUACUGUACUCUGUAGGAAAAAUCAACAAGUAUUUAACUGAACAAGGUCGAACUAUGAGUCCAUCUACAGAAGCAAUCAUCGAAGAAGCCAUCGACAUAUUAAUAAAGUUUAAAUUUCCUGGAUUCUCACAACUCACUUUAAAAAAACUGUUAUACGAUAGAAUAUACAGACCACGUAGUUAUGGAUUGAAAGAAGAAGAAUUAGUGGAAUAUAAUGUUCGCAGCCUACUAAAGGAGUUUUACGAAAUAAACAUAGAGCGAUUAACCACUUUGUUAAAAUACUUUACGAGCCAAUUAACAGCUAUGGAAAUUUACAUAAAAAAUGCAAUCAUGAUUAACGAAUACUUAUGCGACUAUGACUAUGAAGAAAUUGGAUUUUUACAAUAUGACUAUACGAAAAUUGUUGAUUUUGAGGGUAUUUAUUACCAAACAUUGGAGGAUCAUUUCAAAAUGACUUCAACUUUGGAAUUAUCAAAAAACUACAGUUGUGAAUUGUCGUAUGUCGCUAUCAAACAUUUUAUGUUCAACGAUUUCAUAAUAUCACAGUGUCGCCAACUGUUGGAGUCGAACAAAAAUGAUUCGCAGGCUUGGAAAAAACUUACUAUCGAAUGUUUUGAAAUCAUAAAGAAAUCUAUAACAUCUAUAGAAACCACGUUUAGCAAUUCGUUAGCUGCUAUUUCAACACCACAUUUGGAAUGGCCGUAUACACAUACCAACCGAAAAGUCAUUGACGCGAUUUUAGCUGCUAAACUAUAUUUUAACAGUGAUGAUCUACUCGGCAGCUUUAAAGACAAACCUGUGAAUAUUAACAGUCUACUUUCAAAAUUCGAAAUAUUUCAGCGGUCCGAUAGAUUUAUAGUCAAUCUGUUUGAACAAUACACAGUUCACAACUGUGCAACGCGUUUGCCUUCUGAUGAUUUUACUGAUUCGAUUAGUACCGCGAUAAAUGAAAAAUGCAAAGCUAUUAUAGACAAAAAUCUAACGAUACCAAUUGUGGAGUGCGUAAGUAAUUUAAUCGAAGAAAAUUAUAAAUACAUUCAAAAUUUCGAAAUGGACAUCGAUAGAAAUAAAAUUUUAACCAUUGAAAAUUGGUUAUUAAACGAUAUAUUUGACAAUUCUUUGAUCAGUAGUAACAGUUUAUCAAAGCUGCACAGUAUCAAGGUUUUGUUGGAAGGCGAUUGGAGGAAAUUAAAGGAAAUUCGCGAUUUGGCCAAAGAAAACAUCAAUCCAAAAUACCUCAUCUGCUAUCUAGUGGCCAUGAUAAAAUCAAUUUAUUUUAUGGCCUAUGAACACAUAAAAACUAUUGUUCAAACUAGUGUGGACCACGGUAAUUUAUUGCUUUAUCGUAAUAACUUGAACACCAUGUCGAUAGUAUUAAAAUCUUUAGACAGAUCUUUUCCGGUAAAUAUAAUGAUGUUGUAUAGAAGGAUUGUUUAUUAUUUCGUGUGUUAUUUCAAAGAAGAUACCAACGCAAGUGCAUUUGUACGUUUAUUAGAAGCAGAACAAUCUAAUUUGGGGCUAAAGAAUGAUGUAGAAAUCAAUGAAGUAGAACACGCUGCUGGCCAAGAAAACAUAAACAAUCUAAGGAAAUACGUUGCCGACGUUAAGAAAAUUUGGACCAAACUGACAUAUGUCACAGAUGUGUUAGAUUUAAGGGAACUCUAUGACAUUUAGAUCCAAUAGUAAAUAAUAUAUUAAAACUAAAUUUUUAAAUAUGCAACACCGGUUGCAAAACUGGGCAACACUAAUAAUUGCUUGUUAAUGUUUUAUAAUAAUAAAAAACAGUAUGAUUGUUAAGUUCAAAACGGGUAGGUAUUGUAUUUUUCGGGUUUUAAUUUCAAACUAACAUUACUGUUAACAAUAUUAGAAUUAAGCAAUUAUUAUAAUUAUACGUUUUUCUGCUAUUAUAGUAUUUCAAUAAAUGAUUUAGCUAUGAAUAGA